UUGGCUACAUGAAGGGGGCACGCGAGCCGAGCGAGAGGUCGAACCCUUACCUUGCGGACGCCGAGAGAAAGGAGAGAGCGAGCGACCGGGAGAACGAGACAUGGCGGAAGGGGGAUCGGUGAUCGGUUGCCACACCGUCGACGAAUGGAACCAGCAGCUCCAGGAGGCCCGUGAAUCUAAGAAGCUGGUGGUCAUCGACUUUCCUGCUUCAUGGUGUGGAACUUGCCGUAUGAUUGCCCCAAUUUUUGCUGAGCUGUCUAAGAAGUUCACUAGUGUGCUUUUUCUGAAGGUGGAUGUUGAUGAGCUGAAGUCGGUCGCCCAGGACUGGGCAAUAGAAGCCAUGCCAACCUUCAUCUUCCUGAAGGAGGGAACCAUUGUGGACAAGCUCGUUGGUGCUCACAAAGAUGAUCUGCCAAAGAGGAUCGAGUUGCGCAUGCCCAAGUGAGAGCUCCCUCUUGCUUCACGAAGGAUCAUCUGUGCAUACUACUACGUGCUGCAAAGGGGGUCUUGAACUCCUAAUAAGACGGCCGUGGUUAAUAAGCGUUUUGUGGAAUAUUGGAUGUUUUGAGAUUCGGAUGUCAACUUAGCUGCUGUCUGGUUUAUGACUAUGGCAAUGGUUAUCUUGAGCAAUUGCUUUUCA